CAGAUGCCAUUCACUGAAGAAGGUCAGGUGCUCUCAUUGGGCCCGAGAGGUCAUGCAGAUUACACAGAGACUGAAUUGACGAUAUCACCGAUUUCAUGGAUCGAAGAAGAUGCAAUUUGGACAUUUUUGUACAAUAAAAUUCAUGAUGAAUCAGCAAACAUUGACAAAAAGAAUGUUGAUCCAGACAGUAAUGCAUUAUGGGAGGAUUUUCGGACGAAGACCGGCUCGGUGAGACAAGUGCGACGAUUGAGAUCACAUUAUUUCAAUGAGAUGGUCCGAAGUUUACACUCAGCGUGCCUUUCAUGCGAGACGAAGCUGAAGCUAUACUUUGCUCUCGGAAUCCCCGUCGAAGAAGGUUUUUUGCGUGACUUGCAGGAAGAAGGCGAUGUUAAAGUUGAUCAGAUGAAUCGAAUCGAAUACUUCGCUCAAUAUAAUGGAAUACUUUGUCUCCAACAUAAGAGCAGAAAAAAUAUGGACCAUAAUUACUGCAGCGAAGAGGAUUCGGAAAUGUGGGAUUUUUUAAACGAGAAAAUUCAUGAUCCGCAGACUGGAGAAGUUAUCCAUCCACAUGAUAUGCCGUGUUUAUAUCUAUUGUGGAAAGACUACAGAAAGAAAGUAUCUUCUCCGAAAAGAAUAGAAACUAUAUACAAACAUUACUGUGAGAAAAUGUAUCUCAAUCUGCAUAAAUCUGAUCUGGAUCCGUCGUCGAAAGCCAAAAUCGCAUUUUCUCUGGGAAUCCCGGUUUACGACACAUUGUGGAAGAUAUUGAGUGUUAUCGCCGAUGUUAAGCUCGACGGAAAGCGACGACUUGUGGAUUAUCAUGAAUGGGAUUCUGGACUGAAGUUCUCUAUCGAAAAACGGCGAGAAAAGGAUGACACGUCGAACCGUAAUUCACGUGUGCUCAGGAAGCCGUUCACUGAGAAAGAAGAAUAUGCAAUGUACGAGUAUGUGUAUCAUAAAUUACACAAUCCGCAGACCAAGCGCAUCCAACGAAACAAUUCCGCUCUCACCGAUGCUUUGUUUUGGAAAAACUUAUGCGAGAAGAGUGAUGUGAAACGCAACGAAAGAACAUACUUGAGACGAUUCCGAGACUUGAUGCUUCCCGUUCUGUAUUUGGCGAAGAUUCCAAAGUUGAUGAAAAUGGCUCUCCAUUUCGGAUUGGAACAACCUGUUCACAAAAAUUUUCUUCAAGAGCUCAAACAGGAUGCCAUUGUAGAAUUGGACAAUUCCGGAUGCAUUGUUGCGUAUAGAGAACGCAAGAAAAGACUAUAUUCAGAGGCUUUUGAUGACAAAGAUGAGCAAGAAGUAAUUGAUCUAGACGACGACGACGACGAACCAGAUCCAAAUAUUCAACAGCCUGAUGACCACACCGAAUCAACAUCAAAGGAAUGCGCAUCUGUAAAUGUUAAAUACGAAGAUAACGAUGUAAAGCUUUCACUCGUGUCGAAUGGUGAUGACAACUCGGAUGUGAAAGAAAUUGAAGAUUUAGUUGAAGAUCUAAUUCUUAAGAUCCCUCGACGAAAUGGAGCAAUAAUGACUGAAUCGCGUUAAACUGUUACUCGAUUGUUUUCCUGUUUUUUUUUCAAAUUUUAACAUCUAAUGUAAUGAACUC